CUACGACUCCGGGAGCACUACCGGCGCGGAUGCCUCCACUGGGCGGCCACCCAUGCCUCCCGAUUUGAGCCAUCCAAAUUCCAGCUGGUUCACUUCCAUCCCCGGGACAACGGGCCCGGGGUCAGGGAGCCGGCACAGAGCAGGGCGAACCACUAGACCUUGGCAACGGGCAGGUCGUCCAGGCCAGCACAACAGCCCGGCUCCUUGGCGUCAUACUUGAUCAACACCUCACCUUUGAGGCGCACCUCAAGCAUGUCGACAACACGGCAACCCGGCGCCUCCAGGCUAUCAGCGCGCUGGGCGGAUCUAAAUGGGGCCUGCGCCUGCGGGAACUUCCGCAUGUCUACACAGCCUGCAUCACCCCAAAUCAUGCUGUACGCCGCCUCAGUAUGGUAUGCGCCGCCAGCCCGGGGCCGCAAGCGCCUUCAUAGCCAGCAGACAAAGGUAUCAAAUCGGAUUCAGCGUCGGGCUGGAAAGUUGAUCGCAGGGGCCUUCCGAACGGUUAGCGGGGCCGCGUUUAAUGCUGAAUUGCACCUUACCCCAACGCCACUACUUCUCCGACAGCGCCGCAUCCAGACCUUUAUCCGAAUCGCUACCACCCCGGCCUACCGAAUGCACAUCCUGGAUCGUCGCCGGCACCACCGGAAUGCACUAUUACACUCACCACUGGAAGCUGCAGAAGAAGAAGUUGAAUUAGCGACCGGCUCCCCGCGGCCUGCGGAGUCGCUGGUAAUGAGCUUGCGGACCGCAAGGCGAAGGAGGCAGCAGGCUGGCGUAAGGACAUCACUGAUGGGAGGUGCAUGCCCCUGCCGCCGGUCAUGCUCCCAGAUCACCCCACACGCGGGCCCCUGGACGCCUGGAUCAAGCAACACACCAAGGAGCAAUGGGAGGAGGCCUGGCGGCAGUCUGAGCAUGGUGGACAUCUCCAGCGCUUCCUCCCCGAGGUCACCAAGCAUUCAAUCACUAUCUACGACGACCUCACCCCCGUGGAACGCAGCGUUCUGGCGCAGAUGCGAACUGGGAAGAUCGGGCUGAACCACUAUCUCUCGACCAUCAACCGGGCCGAAAGCGCCCUCUGCCUGUGCGUGAGAGCCUCGGAAACGACUCACCAUGUGCUAUUCAGCUGCACCCAAUACAAUGACCUUCGCCGCGCGGUGUGGCCGGAAGGAACCCCCCGAGACCUGACAGAAGCCUUAACGGAGAAGCGGCACGUUCGGCGGGCCGCGCAGUUCAUGCUGAACACCGGCCGGCUGACGUAUCUGGUGGAGGCCACGGAGCCGGCAUGGCUCGAGCUGAGCGCCCCCAGCAGCGCGCGGCUGCUGACAGCCCCAGCAGGCGAUGGCUGA